AUGGCGACUUCCACCCUCACAGAGGCCAGGGAACGAGCAGCAAUAAUCAGAAACCAGCAAAGCGACCUGUUAGCCAGCAUCCCCCUGAGAACACUACACAUCGGCCUCUGGAUCCGAUCCGACCCUCCACGCCCGAAUGACUUCCACUGGGGCUUCUACCUGCAUACCAGCUCCACCAGUGGGAUGAAAUACCACAUCUCGAGUCUGACAGGAGGAUUCGUCCCCGAACACGGGCCGAACUCAGUCCUCCAGUCAAAUUUCUUUUGUGUGCUUAUUCAAAUCGCUUCUGUGCCGGAAACGAGUCUGGCGUUGCUUGAUCGCACAGUGAGAGCAUAUGACGAGGACCUUAAUCGUAUCCCGGGAGUUACGUGCCGUGUAUGGCUGUUGGUAAUCUUGGAGAAACUGGUGCAGGCGAGGAUUGUUCGAUGUGGGAAUUUGCGUGCGUUAGAGGACGAGUGUAUGGCCUUGGGGAAUGAGCAUAGUGUCAGUGCUGCUGUUAAUGAGCAGCCGAGGCCUGUUGUUUUGUCCAGACUAUGUACUUGA